GCGACACAGUUGUUAACCAGGACUCUGGUUGUGUUCAGUUUUGUGCAUUCUUUUUUUUUUCAUGAUUUUGCCUACAAGAACGCCAUCAAAUCUGAAUGACGUACAAGUAUCAGACACUGAAAAAGUCACCUCCUCAGAGACAACUCCUCACACUUCUUAGAGUCAACAUGAGGAACUAAUUUACAGCGAGUAGCACUCCACCUCUCCUUCCCACUGGGUCAAACUGGGCAGCAAUGCAGUUUGGUGAUCAGGUCACCAGCACCAGCUAUCCCCUGAUCUUUCCAAGCCUAGACAUCCAAUUGUGCUGGACACCAUUCAGCCCAUCCUGGUCCGGGCCAUCAUCAACCCUAAGUGGGGCAUGGAGGGGCCCCUCCAGCCACAGACACCACAGCCACCCAAGAUCUGCAGUUCACCUGGACCUGCUGGGAAAUCAUGCUGGAACUUGGACGUGAAGGUAGUCGUGGUUCUGGUGACUCUGGCUGGAGCUGUGAUCCUGCUGCUGCUAUGCAGACUGUUACAGCUGAGACACCGGCUGAGGCUGGCCAGAGCAAUGCAUCCUCUGGAGUAUCACAGCUUCUACCACACUGCCACCUACACACUUAAACACCCUGCACCAUGUCAGGACCUGCCAGCCAAGAAUGGGACUGUACCUGAAGCUACUCCACCACUGACUACAGUGACACCCAUUGCCAUCACUCCACUGCCACCCCCACUGGUGCUUUCUCCACCUCCACUGCCACCCCCACUGGUGCUUUCUCCACCUCCACUGCCACUCCCCCCAUCUCUUGUCCUGCCUCCUCCACCCUCUCCUUUCCUGGCCCUCCCUUUGCCCCUGCCUGUGAUCCACCCCACCCCACCCAGCCCUCACCUGUCAUGGGGAGCUUGCUCAGAUGCAGAUGUGUACUCUCGGAUUGGAGUUUUCAGGCCCUCCAGGCUCUCCAACCCGUCGAAGGUCAUCCUGUUUGAACACUCAUCUCUCUAAACUCUGACUUAGAGCAUGACUAGAAUUGCUAACAUUUGAGAAAAUAGUAGUGAUGACUAGAUACAGUAAGUGUUUGUUGGACGGAUUGUAUGAUAAUCAUCCAGGGAUGAUUAGGUGUAUGCUUUCGGUAUACUGCACACUAUGCAAUGUGUACACAUGACAAAUAUUGGAAGUUUAAAUACUUUCAAGAUUCUCCAGUUUUUUAGAAAGUCGGAGGUUGAGUUUUAUGGACCAAUGAAGUGAUUUAUCUACUAUUCUACAAAAAAUACCGAUGGGAAUAAGGUGGAACCA